GAAGCGUCGGAACUGAUUUUUAAAAUCUUUGAUUUAGCGCAUUUUAUUAAAAGAGUUCAACAGCACUUCGACGGUUUUGGAUAGUGAACUUAAAAAAAAACAAAAAAAAACAAACAAGUUAUUGCUCUAAAAACAUAUCUGAACAGAAUGGGCUAAUGUUGAUUUUGCGUGUAAUUUUUUAGACAACUUGGGGUUCCUUAGGCGCUUCAUCGUAACGUAGCCGGCAGUUCUACCCAUUGAAUAAAUUAAUCCUUGAAUUAGAGUUACGUUUCUUCCAUCCGUUUGUUUACCCUUUUCCUGGUGAUAAUCCCUGGGGCAGAAACUAACUGGAAGGAUCGUCUGAAAAUCGUAUCGACAAGGCUCCUCCCAAUUGCUCACCUUAACUCUGCUCUUGUUUUCCAGACAGUAGUUAGGCGAUCAUUGACAGUAGUCAGAUACAAACCAUGCUGCAAUUCAGGGAGCUGAUCAUAGCCUUAACUUCGGCACUUACUUGGUUUUUACUCGGUGAUACUCCAGGUGAUCCUGAAGGAUACGUCCAAGAUGCAACGGAUAUUCGAACGGAAUAUGAUUUUAUUAUCAUCGGUGCGGGAUCAGCCGGAGCUGUGAUCGCCAAUCGGUUGUCGGAAACUGCCGAUUGGAACAUUUUGCUGCUGGAAGCGGGUGGCGACGAAAGUAUGUCUGGACAAAUCCCACUUUUUGCAGCUGGUAUACAAUUGACGUCGAGAGAUUGGCAAUACAAAACAACACCUCAGGCGAAUGGUUGCUUCGGAAACGCUAAUCAACAGUGUCUCUGGCCGCGUGGUAAAAUGCUGGGAGGAAGUUCGUCCAUCAAUUACAUGCUGUACGUUCGAGGAAACAAACGCGAUUACAAUAAAUGGAGAGACGACGGAAAUACUGGAUGGGGAUACGAUGAUGUCCUUCCAUAUUUCUUGAAAUCUGAAGAUAAUCAAAAUCCGUUCCUUGCUGGAACAAAAUACCACGGUAAAGGUGGAUACUUGACGGUGGGAGAGGUUGGCUUUCGUUCACCUUUAGGUGCUGCAUUUAUCCAGGGUGGAGUUGAAAUGGGAUACGAAAAUCGCGACUAUAACGGUGAAUUUCAAACAGGUUUCAUGUUUUCCCAGGGAACGGUACGUCGUGGAAGUCGUUGUUCCACGUCAAAAGCUUUUUUGCGUCCAGUUCGUAACCGAAAGAAUCUUCACGUAUCAAUGUAUUCGCAUGUUAAAAAAAUUCUAAUCAAUCCCGACACAAAAGAGGCAACUGGAGUCAUGUUUGAGAAACACGGGAAAGUUUAUGCUGUCACGGCCACUAAAGAAGUUGUAUUAUCUGCCGGAAGUGUUGCAUCUCCACAAAUUCUGAUGUUGAGUGGGGUGGGUCCAGCAGCUCAUCUGAUAGAGAAAGGCAUUACGCCCAUUUUGGACCAGCCGUAUGUUGGUGAAAACUUACACGAUCAUAUUGGCCUCAUUGGAAUGGUUUUCUUACUUGAUGAACCAUAUUCCAUCGUGUCAGCAUCGAGAGUCAUGUCACUUCCAGUUCUUCUGAAUUAUACUUUGUUUGGAGGAACAGCCAUGUCACUUUUGGGUGGUGUGGAAGGAAUAGCAUUCGUCAAUUCAAAGUACGCUGACGCUACUGAUGAUUGGCCCGACAUGCAGCUGCAUUUUGGAUCUGGAAGUGAUAUUUCUGAUGAUGGUGCUGCUAUUCGCUACGCCCAUGGAAUCACUGAUGAAGUGUGGAACGAAUAUUACAAGCCAAUCGUCAACAAAGACAGUUGGACUAUAUUCCCAUACUUUUUAAGGCCAAAAAGUCGAGGGAAUAUUCUUCUCAAAUCAAACGAUCCUUACGACAAACCUCUCAUCAAUCCAAAUUACUUUAGCCAUCCAGAUGAUAUUCUAGUGACAAUUGAAGCUGUCAAGUUUUCUUUAGCUCUCAGCAAAACAGACGCUUUCCAGAAAGUGGGUACCAAGUUCUACGAUAAGCCGUAUCCUGGUUGCAAAGAUAAACAAUUGUGGACGGAUGAGUAUUGGGAGUGCUGGAUCAAAAGUUCCAGUUUUACCUUGGCUCACACAGUUGGCACUUGUAAAAUGGGUCCAGACAGUGAUCCAACAGCCGUUGUGGAUCCGGAAUUGAACUUUAGAGGCAUCAAAAACCUCCGUGUUGCAGAUACAUCUAUUAUGCCUUCCGUGCCCAGUGGAAAUACCAACGCUGCAACAAUUAUGGUAGGAGAAAAGGCAGCAGACCUCAUAAAAAAAACCUGGUUGUAGGGAAAACAAUCGUCGAUUAUUAUUAAUUUAUUACAAACUGAGUUCUUGAAUCGCUCCAAUACACAUGGUAAUCUUUCUCGUUA